AUGGAGUCACCGGAGAGAACAGACGAGCAAUGGUGGGCGGACUGGGAUGACAUGAUGGCCAGCUGUUACUUCCGUGACAACCCUGUCGCCUUCUACACGCGGAUUCUUUACCCCAAGUACCCGCCUUACGAGAUCAACCCGGAAAACUACCUGAAAGUUGAGCGAGCCCACCGAAGAAAGCUGGUGGCAGAGCAUCCUGACUGGUACGAGCAGGGCUAUGAGGUAUUCGACUCGGACGACGACUAUAGCGGUCUUGAGGCAUUUGAGGCGAGUCUAUUUCUUGAGGGCAUCCUGAACGCGGAGAUGGGCUUGGACUUCAGUCCACAAGGCUUCUUGGCAGAAUUUUCGGACGACUUUGAGGAUGUUACUUAG